AAUUAUGAAAAAAAUUAAAUAAUUAAAAAAAAAUAAUUAAAAAAAAAUAUUUUCUGUGAUAAAAAAAAAUAAUAAAAAAUGCCAAGUUCAAAAAAACCCUCAUCCCAAGAGCAAUCUCACCAAGACAACAACAUCGAAAUGGAAAAUAGCAGUAAUGGCAGUUACGGCAGCAUCACAGCUCGCAAUCUCGAAACCAUUUCAAAAAGUGUUCAAGUGAAUCAAGAAACGCCUCCAGACACUAAAAAACAGACAAAAACCAAGAAAAAAGUGUUUAAACGCGUAUCGAGCAGUGACUUAAGCUCCGCUGGAACGGAAAGUGGCUUAAAUGUUUCCGCAAACAGCGACGAAGUGGUCGAUUUUGACGACUUAAUUCAUCAUUUUGGCGAUUGCGGGCGCUAUCAGAUGCUGUUAUUUGUGCUCAUGGUGCCCUUCAUUUGCUUCAUUGCGUUCGUCUUUUAUUCACAAUUCUUCAUAACGCUUGUGCCAGAUCAUUGGUGUCGCGUUCCCGAACUGGAAAGUCUGAGUUUGCAUGAAAGACAGCUUUUGGCGAUUCCUCCAAGCGGCAAAGAUGGCUUCGAUAGUUGCUCCAUGUACAAAGUUGAUUUUGUAGCGGAGAUUCGGAAAGGAGUUACUGUUGGAAAUACAUCGUGGCCCCGUCAAAAGUGCAUUUAUGGAUAUGAAUAUGAUCAUAGUAUUAUUCCUUUUACGACUUUUGCCACUGAAAUGGAUUGGGUUUGUGAUUCAGGAUAUUUUCCGAAUCUCGCUCAAAGUAUUUAUUAUGUUGGAUCUAUUUGUGGCGGUUUACUUUUUGGUUAUAUUUCAGAUAAUUACGGAAGAAUUCCCGCCCUCGUUGGUUGCAAUUUAAUCGGCGCCAUUUUCGGUUCUUUGACAAUUUUUUCCACUGGAUUUUGGACUUUUGCUAUUUGUCGCUUCUUUGUUGGCUUUGCGUUCGACGGUUGUUUCGCCAUGAUGUACAUUCUCGUCGUCGAAUAUGUUGGACCGAAAUGGAGAACGUUCGUUUGUAACAUCAGCUUAGGAAUUUUCUUUGCAAGUAUGACUGCUUCGUUGCCAUGGAUCGUCUUGUACAUCGGAGAUUGGAAGAUUUUCACACUUUUAACUUCAUUGCCGCUCAUGUUGGCAAUUUUGACGCCGCUAAUUGUGCCGGAAUCCGUGAGAUGGUUAGCGACGAAAGGAAAAGUCGAUCGCAUUAUAAAAAUCAUGAAAAAAAUCGAGAGAACGAACAAAAAGAACGUUGGACCUCAUGUUUAUGACAAUAUUCGUAAAACUUGUGCUGCCAUGCAAAUGUCCGAAGAAAAUUCCAAGAGUUAUACGUUCUUCGAUCUUUUCCGGAUGCCGCAGUUGAGAAAUAACACAAUUAUUCUCAUCAUUAUUUGGAUGAUUAUUGCAUUGUCAUUUGACGCUCACGCUCGUAACAUCGACUCUCUCGGAUUGAAUCUUUUCCUCACUUUUUCGCUUGCCUGUGCUGCCGAAUUUCCCGCUGACGUGCUUUUGGUCCUCACCAUCGAUCGUUGGGGACGUCGUUACACUUCGGCCACGGCUCUCGUACUUGGCGGCAUUCUCAAUCUCACCGCUACAAUUGUGCCAUUUGGCGUCAUUUCCGCAACUCUUGCGAUUUUGGGUCGUCUUACGAUAAAUUACAGCUACAACUUGGGUAUCCAGUACACGGCAGAGCUAAUCCCAACUGUUGUGCGAGGACAAGGAGUCACCUUCAUUCACAUUAUGGGCUUUGUGGCGGCAAUUUUCGCGCCAUUUGUGGUCUACUUGAAGAACGUGGCAACCGUUUUACCGUUAAUUGUCGUUGGAGUGCUUGGUUUGAUCGGCGGCGUGUUGUGUCUCUUCCUGCCUGAAACGCUAAAUCGCGAACUGCCACAGAGCUUGGACGAUGGCGAGGCAUUUACGAAAAAUGCCAAGUAAUUAAAAGGUAGGCAAGUGCCAACAAUACAAGUAUUAACAUAAAAAUGUAGAUCAUUUUUUGUCGCGUUGACGUGAUUUACUCGUAAAAGCAACCCACACAUGUAAAUUUAUUCGAAUUAUCAAUUCUACGACGUUAUUUUUAAUUAAUUUUAUUACAAUUUAUCUAAUUUUUUUGCAAUACAAUUACAUUGCGAUAAAAACAUGCAUCAGUAAUCAUUCCGCUAUUGUGACAAUAAAACUCAAUAAUGAUACUGUGGUCGAGUAAAUGAAUACUCUCAAGAAAAAAAUUACUUUAUCGAUCAUUCGCGCGUCUUAUUAACAUGCAAAAUAGAUGUAAAAACAAUUCUGAGGUUUUUUGUAUUAAGAUUAGUUUACGAGAGAUGAAGGAAAGGUUUACGCUACUUGGGGCAAUGAAUGAGAAACGUAGAAGGGGUCUUGGCGUUUUACGUUAAAGUUACAGGUUUUACGAUGUAACAUAACGCUCUAUUUGCGUCAUAUGAUUAAUAUUCCUUAAAUACCUGUUUGGUUAGAAAAUUGUCUAGACUUUAGACGAGUAUUUU